AACCCGCCCUUAGCAACCGGCCCUGCUACAGCAUCCAGCCGCUGCCGCCCCCCGCCGGCUCCUCUUCGCCAAACCUCUGCUGCGGGGGCUGGCCCGGCCCGGGAAGGACCGAAGGGGACCUAGCGUGCCCUCACGGCGGCUGCAAGAAGAUCUAAGCAUGGAUGGCAGACGGAGAGUCAGAGCAACCUCUGUCCUUCCCAGAUAUGGUCCACCAUGCCUAUUUAAAGGACAGUUGAGCACCAAAAGUAAUGCUUUUUGCACUGACUCUUCCUCUCUCAGACUAAGUACUCUCCACCUGGUCAAGAAUCACAUGGCUGUUCACUAUAAUAAAAUCCUUUCAGCCAAAGCUGCAGUUGACUGCUCAGUUCCACUAAGCAUGAGUACCAGCAUCAAGUAUGCAGACCAGCAACGAAGAGAGAAACUCAAAAAGGAAUUAGCACGACGUGAAAGAGAGUUGAAAUUAGCUAAAACUACAGUGCAAGCCAAUUCUAAAAGUAAUUCCAAAUCAUUAUUUAACACUCUACAAAAGCCUUCAGGAGAACCACAAGAUGAAGAUGGUAUGUUAAUUGAAGAAGUGAGUGGAUUUCAAUCCUUUACAAGAUCACCGGUAACUUCUUCAGAGAGACUGCACCUAAGUCUACCCAAAUCCAAUAAAGUCCUCACAAAUGGUGCUGAGAAGAACUCCAGUUCCUCCCUGUCCAGCAUGGAUUAUGCUGCCUCUGGGCCCAGGAAAUCAUGCUCUGGAACCUCCUACGGCAAAGGGCCCAGAGGCACAUUCCCAAAUUCCCACCGGUUUCAGUUAGUUAUUUCAAAAGCACCUAGUGGGGACCUCUUGGAUAAACAUUCUGAACUCUUUUCUAACAGACAUUUGCCAUUCACCCCACGCACUUUAAAAACAGAAGCAAAAUCUUUCCUGUCACAGUAUCGAUAUUAUACACCUGCCAAAAGAAAAAAGGAUUUUUCAGAUCAGCGGUUAGAAGCUGAAACCCAGACUGAAUUAAGCAGCUUUAAAUGUGAUUUUGAGACAGUUGAAAUUAAGAACUUCACAGAUUCAGAAGUGAACAUAAAGCAGGCAUCUAGUUGCAUGACAUAUGAUACCAAAGGAAGAAUAACCCCUUUACCUUUACAAGGGCAUGAAUUACCCUGGGACGAGGUUAAAGAUGGUGCUCUUCAGUGCUCCGCAUCAAGGGCAGUAUGUCAAUAUUCCCUGCAGCCUCCUUCAGAGAGAAAAAUCUAUUCUGAUGAAGAAGAACUGUUGUAUCUAAGUUUCAUUGAAGAUGUAACAGAAGAAAUUUUGAAACUUGGUUUAUUUUCAAACAGGUUUCUAGAACGACUAUUUGAGAGACAUAUAAAGCAAAAUAAACAUCAUUUGGAGGAGGCAAAAAUGCGCCACCUGCUACACAUCCUCAAGGUGGACUUAGGCUGUGUGUCCAAGGAAAACUCACUAAAGCUAGAUGAUGUUGAUAUGUUGCUUGAUUUUGAAAAAACUGAGAAUUCAGAACAAAAUGAAUGUAAAAAUGAACAAGAUUUAGCCAUUAAACAGGAGCGUCAAGAAUACCAAAAAGCUUUGAAUAUGUUAUUGUCUGUACCAAAGGAAGAGAACGAGACAGUCUCCUCACCGGGUGAAUUUUUCCUGCCCGUCUAUAAAUCAAAGUACUCAGAAGGGGUUAUAAUUCAACAGGUGAAUGAUGAAAUAAAUCUUGGAACUUCAAUUUGGGGUGAAAAAAAUGCAAGUAUGUCAGACAGUUUACUAGACCAAGAAACCUCUGUGAAUGUCAUUGAAGGCGACAGUGACACUGAAAAGGUUGAGACGUCAAAUGAAUUGUGCUGUCUUAGCACAGCACUCUGCCCAUCUAUUCAGCUGUGCAGUAUCGAAGAUGAUAAUCAGGACAUGGAAGCACCAACUCUUAAAAUCAUGGAAAUGAGCAUUGAGGACUAAUCUUUGGAUGUUUGAUCGUCAUUAAUAAAUAUUCCAAAUGGCCAAUAA